ACAACUUGAGGAGAAUUUUUUGCAGACGCUUUUAUUGUUAAUCAAAUUUGUAGAUUUGUUCUAUAAAAAUUGAAAGCAUUUAGUAUCAAUGAAUUCAAGUAUUACAAUUGAACGUAAGCGCAUCGAUUGCAACUCGUUGCCAAAAGGUUGGCAAAGAGAGGAAGUUCUUCGCAAGUCUGGUAUAUCAGCUGGCAAAGUCGACGUUUACUAUUACAGCCCGACCGGUAAAAAAAUUGAAAGCAAGCCACAAUUAGCACGAUGUCUGGGUGAUGCCAUUGACAUUGGAGCAUUUGAUUUUCAAAGCGGCAAAUUCGUACGUCAUAUGCCACCACCAUCUAUUUCGCUUUUCCGUUGCAGUAGCACAAGUAAUCAUAGCAGCGGAACUAGUGGCGGUUCAAGUGGAAAUGAUAAUACUUCAAUGCCGCCACCGCCACCACAAUACAGUGGUGGUAACACUUUAUCCCUAUCCGUAUGUUCCUCUCCAAAUUCUUCACAAUCAACUAUAAUAAAUGCCAACAUACUACAACCACUAAUGUCAACAACAACAUCUCAUACAUUAAAGCGCAAAUUCAAAGCGCAGUCCCCAUCCCAAUCUCAAAUUCAGAACCAGUCACAGACCCAUCAGUUACAAGGCAUGCAUUCAAAUGUCAUUAGUAGCGGUUGUGCCCCAUCGAGCGCAUGUGGUGCUGCAACUACAUCAGCAGCGAAUUCACGCCAGCAAUUAGAAUUCAGUCGCACACCGCGCACAGAUGCCUCUCUGGUGCCACCUAUACGACAGACUGCAUCGAUUUUCAAACAACCAGUUACUGUAAUUCGAAAUCAUGAGCAUACUAAAGUCCGUAAUGACAACACUAAACAGGCAAGCGGCCAAGAGAAACCGAAGCAAAUGUUUUGGGAGAAAAGAUUAGAAGGUUUACGUGCAUGCCAUCCUACCGGUGAAGAGUUUGAUGACAUUGUCCUACCGAAGAGUAUACGCACUAUUGGACCGAAUGUUAAUGAGCAAACAGUGCUACAAUCAUUGGCUACAGCUCUUCAUGUGCUUAAUGUGCCAGUAAUGGGUCAAGCAUCAACAAAGACUGAGAUGAAUAAAAAUGCAACAGCAUUUUUGAAUCCCGAACAACCGCUUAUGCAAGCAGUUUUAGUGUCGGAUGACGACAUACGGCGACAAGAGGAUCGAGUUAAUGUAGCUAGAAAGAAAUUGCAGGAUGCGCUAAAAGCAUGAAUUAAAUGUCCCGAAAAGUAUAUCUUGCUCCCAAACAUACWUACAUAAGUAUAAACUAGAAUASUUUUAAUAACUUAACCAAGUAGAAUUUUAAGCGGUAUUUCGUAUGACAUUUAGUGUUUUUAAAUUAUGCGCUGAAGCGUUCAAACUAUGUCUUCGUAUAAACACAUCAUUACAAAUCUAA